GUCGCCAGCGCCAAGACCAACACCGCCUGCCAGGAUUGAAAAUAGCAAAUCCGCCAUCCUCAUCCCGCGGUUCAACACCUGCUCUACGGUUCCAAUUUCACGUUACUCGUACCCCAGACCAUCUGCAUUGCGGCAUCACUACAUCUCGACGGGCCUGGCUUCAUAGUUGAUGAGAGAAGAAGUGACCCUGCCGCUUCAACCGCCCUCCUGCGCCGCAGACAACCCCCUCAGCCUGUCUGUUCCACACGCUCCCGACGCGAUAACAACACUCUAGCCGGUACCAACUCGCCAUCUUGCGCCCAUCCCUUCGUCGAGCCUCAAGUCCCAGUAGGACCUUCUCGCUGAGCCGUCUACAGGCUACCUCAGAGGACCUAACCCGUACUUGACCACUGCGCUUCUCACAAGAUCCUUCGCACAUCGAUCUCUCGUUCCUCACCCCUCCCGACCCUAUCUGGUCGGCGCCCUCCUCCUUCCACCCUGCCCCGCCCGCGGCGAUAGCAUCAUGGCAGACCAGCAUGAGGUGGAUCUAGAUUCUGUCAUUGACCGACUCCUGGAGGUCAGAGGAAGCAGACCAGGAAAACAAGUGCAGCUGCUGGAAGCCGAGAUUCGGUACUUGUGCACAAAGGCCCGGGAAAUCUUCAUCUCCCAACCUAUACUGCUUGAAUUGGAAGCCCCAAUCAAGAUUUGUGGCGAUAUUCACGGUCAAUAUUACGAUCUCCUCCGAUUGUUCGAAUACGGCGGAUUCCCCCCAGAAGCGAACUACCUAUUCCUCGGCGACUACGUGGAUCGUGGUAAACAGUCCCUGGAGACCAUCUGUCUGCUCCUUGCAUACAAGAUCAAAUAUCCCGAGAAUUUCUUCGUCCUGCGAGGGAAUCACGAAUGUGCCUCGAUCAAUCGUAUCUAUGGCUUCUACGAUGAAUGCAAACGACGAUACAACAUCAAGCUGUGGAAGACAUUUACUGAUUGUUUCAACUGCUUGCCCAUCGCCGCGAUCAUCGAUGAGAAGAUCUUCACCAUGCAUGGAGGAUUGAGCCCGGAUCUUAACUCAAUGGAACAAAUACGCCGCGUCAUGCGCCCAACAGAUAUCCCUGACUGCGGUCUUCUCUGCGACUUGCUUUGGUCAGAUCCAGACAAGGAUAUCACUGGCUGGAGCGAGAACGAUCGUGGAGUCUCCUUCACAUUCGGCCCCGAUGUUGUAUCGAGGUUCCUGCAAAAGCAUGACAUGGACUUGAUCUGCCGUGCCCAUCAAGUAGUCGAAGACGGUUACGAGUUCUUUUCCAAACGGCAACUCGUUACGCUCUUCAGCGCGCCUAAUUACUGUGGCGAAUUCGAUAACGCUGGAGCCAUGAUGAGCGUCGAUGAGAGUCUAUUGUGCUCGUUUCAGAUUCUCAAGCCAGCCGAAAAGAAACAAAAGUAUGUCUAUAGCUCGAAGAGCUCAAGCAGGCCCACUACUCCGCCCCGCAAGUCCAAAACCUAGUCUCCCGGCUUGGGCUGAUUCGAUAUCGUGAUAGCAGGUUUGGAAGAAGAUAGGAUCGCUUUCUACCUUCCCCGACGAAACGGUAACCGUUGUCCUGUUUCCUCCGGUUCGGAAGCACGCAACAGAACGCCCACCUUUUCCUGGACCUCAAUUUUGGACCUGUAGACGAAAUUCGCCAGCUCUAGCCUCAUCGCCUCCAUACGUUGACAAAUUCCCUCUGACCGAGUGGGCUUCUUGGCAACAUCUUACUCAAUGAACAACAUCAACAGGAAAAUAUGUAUCCGUAAACCGAUGUCUUCUUUUCAAGGCGACAAGCCAGGGUCGAGCCGAUACCAAAUGGGGACUCCUCGUGUUUUCAACCGUCAAAUGGCAAAUGGGUGGCGGGACUUUGUGCGAUCCAUAGCUGUGGGACGGGAGACGCGGCACUGCUUUUUUGGCCAUGGUGGUACUAAUUCAACUGCAAACCUCCUUUUCGCUGUGUUAAAGAGUGUGAGAAAACGAAAGAGAACGAGAUGAGAGAUGAUGCGACCAGGUGUCGGUGUGCACAUUCUCCAUUCUCCUGUAACAUGCAAGAUGGUUUUUUCAUGCUUGACGAGUCAUCAGACUUUGACGACGAUGCAUGCGAUUCAUUCAGCACAGCAAUGCCAGAGAGAUAUGACUAUGUCGAGUUGUCAAGAAUAGUAGAGACGCAUUCACGCACUACCCUGAU